AAAAGGUAUUAAAUUGGCUCUCAUUCAUUCUCUUCAAUGUUACCUCGUGGGUCGAGAUCUUUUCGCCAGAUUCUCUAGAAAUCGCUCGCCCCGAAAAAGAAGCUUUCAGAAAAAUCCGAAUCCUUCCUGAUUCCUCAUUUUUGUGUCCAAUUCAAUUGGGACUGCUCUGCGAAACUGAGGAACCCCGAUUCACACGAGUACCCGAGAUUUUUCUUUGUUAGAAUUUUUCCGGUAAUUGUUCAUGAUGGGUCAAAACUCCAAUGGGAUCGAGUUUCAUCAGAAGAGGCAUGGACUUUUGAAGGAUCAAGUCCAAUUGGUUAAGAGAAGAGACUCGGUUCGGCACGAAAUACUCCCAAUUCAAGACCGGUUGUCAUUUGAGAAGGGCUUCUUUGCUGUUAUCCGUGCGUGCCAAUUGCUUUCUCAGAAGAACGAUGGGAUUGUAUUGGUUGGUGUUGCUGGUCCUUCUGGUGCCGGAAAGACGAUAUUUACCGAGAAGAUACUCAACUUUCUGCCAAGUGUUGCUGUCAUAUCAAUGGACAACUAUAAUGACGCCAGUCGAAUUGUUGAUGGAAACUUUGACGAUCCACGGUUAACGGACUAUGACACAUUGCUCAAGAACCUUGAAGAUUUGAAGGAAGGAAAACAGGUUGAGGUUCCUAUAUAUGAUUUUAAGUCCAGCUCUCGUGUUGGAUACAGGACUCUUGAUGUCCCAGCUUCAAGGAUUGUGAUCAUUGAAGGAAUCUAUGCUUUGAGUGAAAAGUUGCGACCUUUAUUGGAUCUUCGUGUGUCUGUUACUGGUGGAGUUCACUUUGAUCUCGUUAAACGGGUUCUUCGUGAUAUACAACGUGCAGGCCAACAGCCAGAGGAGAUAAUCCAUCAGAUAUCUGAAACAGUGUACCCGAUGUACAAAGCUUUCAUAGAGCCAGAUCUCCAGACUGCUCAAAUUAAAAUCAUUAAUAAAUUCAACCCCUUCACUGGUUUUCAGAGCCCAACAUACAUCUUGAAGUCAAGAAAGGAUGUAUCCGUUGAUCUGAUCAAGGCGGUCCUUUCUGAAGGACAUACAGAGACUAAGGAGGAGACCUAUGAUAUAUAUCUUCUUCCUCCAGGUGAAGAUCCAGAGGCGUGCCAAUCAUAUUUGAGGAUGCGGAAUAAAGAUGGAAAGUACAGCCUCAUGUUUGAGGAAUGGGUUACGGAUACUCCUUUUGUCAUAUCCCCAAGGAUUACUUUUGAAGUGAGCGUUCGCUUACUGGGUGGGCUUAUGGCAUUGGGAUACACAAUAGCAACCAUACUUAAAAGGAACAGCCAUGUAUUUGCUACUGAUAAGGUGGUUGUGAAAAUCGAUUGGCUUGAGCAACUGAAUCGUCACUACAUACAGGUGCAAGGUAAAGAUAGGCAACUUGUACAGAGUAUUGCAGAGCAGCUAGGAUUGGAAGGAUCGUUCAUUCCACGUACCUACAUUGAACAGAUCCAACUGGAGAAACUGAUAAAUGAAGUAAUGGCCUUACCAGAUGAUUUGAAGAACAAGCUUAGCUUAGAUGAGGAUUUGGUGUCUAGUUCAAGCCCAAAGGAAGCACUCUUGCGAGCUUCUGCAGAUAGAGUAGCCAUGAGAAACAAGAACCUCAAAAGAGGCAUGUCACACUCGUAUUCAACCCAAAGAGAUAAGAAUAUUUCCAGGCUUGCUGCUUAUUCUUCAAGCGAUAGGAGGUACGAAGAAAGAAACCACGAGUCACCAGCGAACGAGGGGUUUAUGACUCAGCUUUCGGAGCAAAUAUCAUCUCUCAAUGAGCGAAUGGAUGAGUUCACAAACCGGAUCGAAGAGCUGAAUUCAAAGCUGAGCUGCAACAAAAGCUCUCCUACACAGCAGAGCUUGACACUCCAAGCCGAAGUCUGCAAUGGCUCAGCUCCAACUUCGUAUUUCAUUUCUGGUCUGGACAACGGCUGUUUGACGAAUUCCAUAAUGCCCCAUUCGUCUUCAUCCUCCCAAUUAGCCAAGGAUUCACCAUUAAUGGAAGAGAUAUCGACCAUCUCACGUGGACAGCGUCAAGUGAUGCACCAGUUGGAUAAUCUGUGCAAUCUGAUGAGAGAAAGCUCAGCAGAAAGGUCACGCAUAGCAAGAACAGGAAGCAGCAAUAGCAGUAGCAGUAGCAGAGGCCGAUCAAGCAAAAGCAGCUUCUUGUCCCAUGUGGAAUCUAGUAGCCUCCCUCUUGUGUUAACUUUGGCUCUUUGCAGCGUAGGGAUUGUAGUGAUCAAGAGCUACAUUAACAAGCGGCAAUAACAUCUCUAACCGCAACUGGAUCUUCUCUCUUUUUCCUUUUUUGGGUAUUUUUCUCACUGGAGGCGUUUUGUGAGCUUCCUCGGUUUCUCUACGUAGACUAUGACACCAAUUCUCUUCCCCUAAAUUAGUCGUUUGGAAGACAUUCUCGAUUAAUUUCAUUCAAUAAAAGUCAGUUUUUUUAACUUUAGCA